ACAACUUUAAAUGUGGGCCGGUUUCUGAGUGCCCAAAAUGCAGUCAAAUGACCACGAAGGAGCCCUGGUGUUGGAACUUCAUUAGUCCCUUUUUUCAGGGUCUGUUAUAACUUUGAUUGCUUGGUAAGUGACCAGUUAUAAAUUGAGGACUACCUGUAAUCCUGUUUUAGGCAUGAAAAACAGCUGGGUGACUUUGGGCCUGUCACUCUCUUUGCCCAUGAUGACAAUCCUUAGGCAACAAUUCCUGUCACAGCCAAUGGAUCGGCACUAGGCUAGGAAGAAGUAAACAUUCUAACCUAGCUAUUGUCUUAACAUGUUUCGUGAACCUGGUCUUCAAGUUAAGCCAGAAUAUGGUUUAUUCAUUUAGCUGAAAUGUGCUAUGUGAACACAGCAAUUAAGUUUUACUAAUUGGAUUUGUGUGUGUGUGUGUGUUUGUGUGUGCGUUCAAGUCAAUCUUGACUCCUGGUAACUGCCUGGAGUAGUCUCUGCAGUUUUCUAGGCAGGAUUUUUAGAAGUGAUUUGCCACUUGCCUUUUUUUUAGAGCUGAUAGAAUGACUGGCCCAAGGUCACCAACUGGCCUUGUGCCCAAAGUGGGACUAAAACUCACAAUUAGCUUCUAGCCCAGUGCUUUAAUCAAGCUGGUUCACUCCCAGACUUAAUGUUACUAUAUUGUGCAAAGUUAAUCCCUGCCCUGUUAGGAUUCUGCAUUGCCCUAAAGAAGCCCUGAUUGGAGGACUGCAAGAACAAACACCGGUAAAACUACUUGUCCUAAAACAUAUUUUUUUCUUUUUCCUGGUAGGUCUUUGCUUCCUUUCUCAGAGGGGCGUGGAAGGCAGGCCGUUGUCCCUUCAAUAACAUCUGAUGGUCUACAGGUGGCUCAGGCUUUAGGAUUUACAAUGGAUAUUCAGCAGGCAGCAAAGGACAGCACGACAGUGGUUCGCAUUCUGCAACUACAUGGAUUUACCAUCAAUUGGCCAAAGAGACACUUGCAGCCUACCACCCUCAUUCUAACUUGGGAGCAGUGAUAGACUCGCUCAAAGGCCAAGUCUUCCUCUCUCCCAACCGUUCCCGCAGCAUCAAGGAGUUGGCAUUACAGGUCGUCUCCAGCAGGUCCGUUUCUCUCCUUCUGCUAUCCCAACUACUCGAAAAGAUGAUUUCCUGUUUAGCCAUUGUGCCAUGGGCUCGUCCACUUCAAUGGUUUCUACUACCUUUCCAAAAGGCGGGGCGCAGCAAUUCGAAGGCCAAGGUGAAGGUAACAUCUCGAGUCCGGAGUUCACGUCACUGUGGACUUCAGUGGCCCUGCUUCAGGGGUGUAUGUUCCAGGAACCCGACCAGGUCGUUCUGACGAUGGAUGCAAGUUUUCAAGGUUGGGGUGCUCACCUUUUGUCACAGGUGGCUCAGGGACACUGGUCUCCACUGGAACGUGCGAACAGCAUCAAUUGGUUGGAAUUGAGAGCAGUGCGACUAGCCCUCCAUCACUUUCAGAUCAAGGUUGACAGGUCAGCAUGUGUUAGUAUUGACAGACAAUAUGGCACAAAGGCACAUAUCAAUCGAGAAGGGGGCACUCGGUCCAGGGCUCUGAUGGCCGAAGCGGAGAGACUGAUGCAUUGGGCAGAGAAGCACACGCUAUCAGUCAAAAUGGAAUACAUCUCUGGAGCAUCCAGUAUCAAAGCGGACUGGCUGAGCAGAGCGCGCCUGGAUCGGAGCGAGUGGCGGUUACAUCCUCUGUUGUUCCAGGAGUUGUCUCAAAGGUUUGAAGUUCCCAUUCUCGACCUCUUUGCCAGUCUGGAGAACACACAGCUACCGAGGUAUUUCUCCAGGUUUCGGGUUCCAGGAGCAGAGAAUUACAAUGCUCUUCGGUGCCACUGGCCGCGGGGACUGCUCUACAUGUUCCCGCUCAUUUCACUCAUUCCAAGAGUGCUUCGCAUGCUGUUGACAGAACGAGCAGAACUUCUUCUGGUCGCUCCUCAUUGGCCUCACUGGUCUUGGUUCGCAGACCUAGUCAGUCUCUGUAUCCCUUCCAGGGAGGAUUCCAUGAGACAGGAUUUUGCUCAGCCAAGGGGCCGUCCUCCAUCCGGAGCCCCAAUGGCUCCAUUUAACCAUUUGGCACUUGAAAGGGUCCUUCUGAGCAAGGCCAACCUUUCCGACAAGGUGAUACGCACAAUGCAGGCAUCCAGGCAGGGAUCUACAAACAGGAUUUAUGAUGCAUCCUGAUGAGCCUUUUGUUGGUGGUGUGUGAAGGUACAUAUAGAUCCUACAUUGGCUUUGGUUCUGGAGGUUUUGGAGUUUCUGCAAGUGGGACUGGACAACAGUUUGGCGCUGGCAACCUUACGUUGACAUACUUACCUGUGAUUCCCAUUCCCAUUCCUUUUUCAACAUCCAAGGAUUCAUUGUUGUUCCAAGGAGCUGCCAAUCUCAGCCCUCCUGUAGUACAUCGUUACCCUACGUGGGAUUUGUCUCUGGUGCUUCAAGCUCUCACAUCUUCUCCGUUUGAGCCAUUGGGUUCCAUCAGUCUACAUUUUCUGACACUCAAGGUUGCCUUUCUUCUAGCAAUCACAUCAGCUAGAAGAAUCUCAGAACUGGCGGCCUUAUCGAUCCAGAAGGACCUCUGUAUUUUCAACACUAACAGAGUGGUUUUAUGAAUGGACCCAGCCUUUCUGCCUAAGGUGAAUUCUUGGGUUUCACCGGGCGUGGUUUACUCUUCCUGAUUUCUGUCCGGAUCCACAACAUCCAAUGGAAGUCAGAUGGCACACGUUAGAUGUUCAGAGGGCUCUCCGCAGGUAUAUCAGGAGAAUAGCUUCCUUUCAUCAGGCUGAAGCCUUGUUUGUAUCCUUUCAUCCUUCAGCAGGUGGCUGAAAGCCUGUAUCGUGAAAACAUAUGAGCUCAAGGCCAAACCCUUACCUGAACGUAUUUUGGCCCAUUCUACUUGCAGCGCGGCUACCAUAACUGCUUGGGCCACUCAAGCUUCUAUUUCAGACAUUUGUAGAGCAGCCACAUGGUCGUCCUUGUCAUCUUUUGUCAGACAUUACAAAUUGGACACUUUUGCCUCUGCGGAAGCAUUGUUUGGGAGGAGAGUUUUGCAAAGUGUCAUUUCCACUCAGGACCAGGGGAUCAGUCAGACCCCAGCCCAGAGUCUGUAAGCUUGGGUAUGUCCCAUACGUGGAAUGUCAGAGCAGUGCUUUGGAAAACGGACAUUGGCUUACCUGAAUGUCUUAUUUUCAAAGCGCUGCGAAGACAUUCUAACCAGCCCUAUAGGCUGCCUGAUCCAGGCAGGGGUGGGUGCUCUUUCUUUUGUUUCCUUGUGAUACAGGUUCUUGGAUGACUACAUCUUCAUGAAAAGACUGAAGACCACAAGAAGCAGGAGACCAUGGAAAAAGAAAAAAAUUACACUCAGUCUUGAGCAAAUAGAUGAGAAAUUAACCCAUACAUGGAAUGUCGGAGCAGCACUUCGAAAAUGGACAUUCAGGUAAGCCAGUGUCCGUUUGCAUUAACAACCAGGGGAUUCAUUUAAUAUCUGCAGUGAUUUGCUUAAUAGCUGUGGCAGAAAAAGUUAUAAAAUUGGGUGUGACUCACUUUAUGACCACCUUGCUCAGCAAUGGAAAUUCCACUCUGAAUUGUGGUUAAGUGGAGGACUGUACAGAUAGUCUUAGACUUACAACAAACUUAGGGGUCCCCAACCCCCAGUCUAUGGACUUGCGCCAGUCCAAGGCACGCCAGAAAUUGGGCUGCACAAACAAGCGAAGCCUCAUCUGCGGGAUAAAGGCAGCAUGCAAAAGCAGGCUCCAUCCAGUCCAUGAAAAAAAUCUGUCUUCAGGAAACCGGUCCUUGGUGCCCAAAAGGUUGGGGGCUGCUGGGUUAACUUUUAGACCACUUUACCAACAAGGAGGAUUAGCCCACUGACAAAUUCAGGCUUGAAUUACAAUCCUGGAUUUUUAAAACUCAGUUGAAUUUCAAAAAUUCAGUAACUAUAUUUAGGAAAUUCACAAAAACCAGGAUGAUCUAUCAUGUCUGCCGCCAAUCUUAUGAAUUGUAGGCAGCCAUAACUGAACUAGACCAUCUUUUAUAAAACUAUUAAAAUAAAUGACUUCUUUCCUAAUAUAUGGAUCUAAUUAUUACUGUGAUAAAAAGGAAUGGUUCCAAUUUUAACUAGGCUUAUAAAGGAGAUUUUCAUCAGAUGGAGGGCCCAUUUGUCUAGUUGCAAAAUGCAGAUAGACUGUAUACAUCAUUCUUUUACAUACAAUACCCGCUAUAAGCCUGACCAGCUAUUUACAAGCUUUUAUGUUUCUGAUUCUGCUAUACAAUAAUUAAGAAAAACAUUUUUUUCCUUUUUACAACCCUGUAAUCCCUUGCUUUGGGAUGGAAUCAGGGCAACUGAAUGGACCUGAGCAUUUACUGGCUGGAUGCCCUUCCUGAUGCCAAGUGGAGCUUGCAGCAGUUAUUUUUUCUUUGCACCUUGAUAUAGAAACAUCUAUCAAUGCCUAGGAUUGAACUUCUCAACCUGAGUGGGAGGCAGGAGUCUUCAGAAAAAACAUUAAUUUUCAAAAUUAAUUCUGCAUUAACAGAUUAUUAAGGAAUAUUUCAGUUUCCUAAAUUAAUUUCACCACUGCUUUUAUCAUCUAGAUUAUUAUAAAUAAGGUGCUAUUUGACAGGAUGAAAUUAAUUUUCACAAAUUUGGCAAGCAAUAAUAUUCUACAUUGUUAAGCUUACACAGAAAAAUACAGUUUUGGCAACACAUAUUUCCAAAUUAAUACCCAUCUAUAUCUUUAUUUCCUCUCAUCCCCAAUUUUGUAGAAUUAUUCAUUCAAAUAAAUGAAUAAAACAGUUAUCUACUCUUCCAUAACAUUAUAUACACAUUGUUCACAGAGUAAAUAGUCUGUAUAUGCCUAGUGCUAUAUCAAAAAUGGUAGAAGAUGGUACUUAAGUCUACAUGAAUGGUUAAGAUUUUUGGUCUAAAUAUAAGAAUGAAGCCUGUCACAAGCUUCUGUCCAAACA